UUUACGGGUUUUACCGAAACAGCGAAAAAAAACACCGUUCGGUAGAAUGCGGGGGUCUCUUUUUUGACUGAAACAUCAAACCUGUCCGUCUGUCAAAUACUCAAAAAUAGUUUUUGCAAAAUGGCAGCCACACGAAGACUUCAAAAGGAACUUGCCGACAUCCGUGCAUCCGGCCUCAAGUCGUUCAGAGAUAUCACAGUCGACGAGGGAAAUCUGCUGCUAUGGUCGGGUCUGAUCGUUCCGGAAAAUGCUCCCUACAACAAAGGUGCGUUCAGGAUCGAGAUCACGUUCCCGGCCGAGUACCCAUUCAAGCCACCAAAAAUUUGCUUCAAAACCAAAAUCUACCAUCCAAACAUAGAUGAGAAGGGCCAGGUGUGCUUGCCCAUCAUCAGCGCUGAAAAUUGGAAACCGGCAACGAAGACUGAUCAAGUUAUUCAAGCUCUCAUAGCACUGGUCAACGAUCCAGAGCCAGAACACCCGCUCCGUGCCGAUCUAGCCGAGGAGUAUCUGAAAGACCGCAAAAAGUUCACCAAGAACGCGGAAGAGUACACCCGGAAGCACAGCGAGAAGCGACCGGAAUAAGCAACACCCUUCUUCAACUCUCCCCCAUUUUUUAUUUUUUGUUUGUCGCCCAUCCUCAGCAUCAGAGAAGAAGCAAAUCCAAAUCACAAAACCAACACACAAACACAAGUUUUUCGUUGUGUAUACUUAAAUUCAUCUAGUAUUUUUUUUUUCUCUAUUUAAAAAAAGCUCCUUAUUUAAAAAUAACGACAUCAACCUGUGUCUCGUUGCAAGGUCAACGUAAAAAAGAAUAAACAUGAUAAUAAAUUCGAAUAGAUGAA